CUUGCCUUCUUCGAUCCGUCUCGGUUUGGUCUAUGUUACCGCCAUCGUUGCUUUCUCUCACCAUUGACUCAGCCCUUCUCCACAUCUCCCACUUCACCGACCUCUCCGCCAUCCCUGACCCCAUCCUCACUCUCCUUUUCAAGGAAACCCUGCAUGCAGGGAAAUUGACAGAAAAGGUUCUGAAGUUAUUUAUGGCAACUGGUAACGAAGAAAUACUUUACUUUGUUGAGUCCCUUAACAUCAAACAGAUCCUCUCACCUGUUCUUCCUACCAGGUGCUCUGAGAAAUUCUAGAACCACACUUGGAAUUGGUUUCUUCAUAUUCCUGAGCAGUACCGUUUCAGCAUUAACUUUUGAUCUCUAGCUGGAAAAAUGUCUCUGGAACUAGAUGCUAGUCAGGUUGAUGUUGUGAUU